AUGGCAUCUCCUGAUACAGCUCGAGAAAAGGGCGCUGAUGUAGAGCCUGCCCGCACCAAUGACUCGCAGACGCCCUACUCGAUCUUCACCACGUCGCAGAAGAGAUACAUCGUUUUUUCGGCAUCAUGGGCAGGCUUCUUCUCGCCCGUCUCGUCGCAGAUCUACUUCCCGGCCCUCAACAGCAUCGCCGACGAUCUCGGCGUCACCAGCGCCUUGAUCAAUCUCACCCUGACCAGCUACAUGAUCUUCCAAGGGCUCUCGCCCAUGUUCGUCGGCGAUUUUGCAGACAGGGCUGGUCGGCGCCCUGCAUAUCUAGUCUGCUUCCUGGUCUACAUUGCAGCAAAUAUCGGACUCGCGCUGCAGGAUAACUUCGCUGCGCUGUUCGUCCUGCGGUGCGUACAGAGUGCCGGUAGCAGCACAACCAUCGCCCUGUCCGCAGGCGUUGUAUCCGACAUCGCCAUCGCUGCUGAGCGAGGAUCCUACAUGGGCUUCGUGACUGCUGGCUCUCUUCUGGGACCAGCAAUGGGCCCUGUCAUCGGAGGUCUCCUGUCGCAGUUUCUCGGCUGGCGCUCGGUCUUUUGGUUCCUGGCCAUCUUUGCCGGUGCCUUUUUAAUUCCGUUUGUGCUUUUCUUCCCGGAGACUGCGCGUGCGAUCGUGGGAAAUGGAUCCAUCCCGCCUCCCAGCUGGAAUCUGCCCCUGGUGCGCUGGUUCAAGUCUCGCAAGGCACCGCCGCCGGAGGAUUUCAGUCGACCGAAGCUGCGCUUCCCCAAUCCUAUUAGAACCCUCGCGAUUGUAUUCCAGAAGGACGUCGGGAUUAUCCUGUUUGCCAAUGCGAUUCUCUUCGCCGGAUUCUACGACGUUUCUGCGUCCAUCCCCUCGAUAUAUAACGAACUGUAUGCCCUGAACGACCUCGAGAUCGGUCUCUGCUAUAUCCCCUUCGGCCUCGGCGCUACAGUCGCCUCAAUAGCAACAGGCAAGAUGCUAGAUUUUAACUACCGCCGGCUAGCAAAGCUGCUAAAUGUGCCCCUGCACGAGACACGCGCGCGGAACUUGGCCCGUUUCCCCAUCGAAAAGGCGCGGUUACAGGUUGCUCUCCCGCUGCUCACACUCGGUGCGUUCACGGUCAUCGCAUUCGGAUGGUGUCUCGAUUUCGGCGUCCACCUUGCAGCGCCGACGACGAUCCUGUUCUUCAUGGGGUUAACCCUGACGGGGGCGUUUAAUACCGUCAGUACCCUGCUGGUGGACUUUUAUCCUAUGAAUGCGGCCGCGGCUACGGCGUCGAAUAAUUUUGUUCGCUGCUUGUUGGGCGCUGGUGCUACAGCGCUCAUUGAUCCCAUGCUGGAUGCUAUGGGGAGGGGCUGGUGUUUUACGUUUAUUGCCUUGGUGAUGCUGUUGAUGUUGCCGCUGCUGCUGGUGGUGAUACGGUUGGGGCCGGGGUGGAGGAAGGAGAGGCAGGCGAAGAUUGAUCGUGUAGAGGGUCAUAGACAGUGA